AAUUGACCGUGAGGUGGUGAUGUUUCAUUACACAAGAUGGCCAGACCAUGGGGUUCCUGAUCCACUCAAUCUUGUUGUAUUUCAUCGCCAGGUGUUGAAAAAGGUUCCGCAAAACAAAGGAAAAUACACAUUAGUACAUUGCAGCGCUGGAAUCGGGAGAACCGGAACAUACAUAGCUUUAGACGCCCUCUAUCGGGAAGGGGAGAGAAAUGGGAAAGUCAAUGUACCGAUGUACGUCAGAACCAUGAGAAAAGACAGAAUGAAUAUGAUACAAGGCGAUGACCAAUAUAAAGCAGUUUAUCUUGCUCUUUGUGAGUCAUUCAAUGGAAAGUCCAGAUGUCUAUCAACAGAGUCCUUUUUACAAGAGCUUCAAAAACAGUCUUGUUACACAAACUGUGGAGAAGUUGCCGGGAAAUCAUCCUUGUCGUCCGAAUUUCAGGAAUUACUGUCUCUGCGUAAAGAGUAUACAGAAAAGGACUAUGAGUCAGGAAGAAAAUACCUGACUGCAAACUACACGGAAGAAGUCCUUCCAGUGGAAGAAUUCCUGUGCUAUUUGUCCUAUACAAAGGGACGCAACAACUACUACAAUGCUGUUCUUCUCCAGUCCUUCACAAAGAACGACAGUCUGAUCAGCGCCCAGUACCCACUUCCUGACUUCACUGAGGACUUCCUCAGACUCAUCAGAGAUUUUGACGCCCGUGUUUUGGUUUUCCUUGGUCCUUUGAAGGAAAUAAAAUCUUCAACACAUUGGAUUCCAUCUAAAUCUGAACACAAAACUGUUGGAGGUUUCACAAUCAAAUUGUCAUCUUCAACAAACUCAACAAAUUUUACGUCGAGAAAUAUAAUUCUACUGUCAGAGGGAUCAAGAACCAUGACAACCACAGUUCUUGAAUGUAAGGUUUGGAAGGAAAACAGGAUGAUAAAAGACAAAAAAGCCUUACUGGACCUGGUCAAGGAAACAAAGGCUGCAAAACUGAACCAAAAGGAAGGAAAAAUUCUUAUUCUAUCCAGUGAUGGUGCCACACGUUGUGGAGCGUUCUGUGUGAUUUAUAACGCUCUAGAACAACUCUCAAUUGAUCAGGAAGUGGACAUCUUUACCAUCACACGACAACUUCAGAUCCGUAGAACGGAGUUUGUGUCAACAUUAGAGGAAUACCAGCUUUGUCAUGAAGUAGUGGCAGAAUACAUUCAAAAUGAUAGUGUGUAUGCAAACUACUAAAAGGAGCGAAAUUGUGUGACAUACGCAGUGAGAG